AUGGAGACACAGUUCCCCAGCAUAGGUCGUCGGCUGCCUGUAGCAGCUCGACCUGUGAAGAUUGCAGUAACGGUGGCUGAUUCAAAAGAUCUGCUUCCAAAGGCACCCCCCGUAGUUCGCAAAUGGGCAGUUCCUUCUCCUGGAAGUAGCACUGUCUGUCGACCAUCUCUCGCAGUGGCGGCUUCUUUUCCACCUGUGUCUACUGCAGCACAUUUACCUCAGUCUUUGAAGGACGGCAAUGCAGCGUCUUCCAGCGCUGCUGCAGCGCCUACAGUCACGAUGACAACUGCUGCUCCAUCCGGCUCGCGAUCUGCUGAGACGUCGCCAGGAGCGGCAGCAGGAGGAGCAGCAGCAGCAGCAGCUGCUGCAGUACCCCUGACGACAAGUAGCACUGUCAGCCUUACCGUUCUCGCGCCAUCUGGAGCACCCUCUGGAGUAAAAGGAAUUUCUCCCGUUGCUUCUGUUGCUAGCGCCAGCGGGGUGACUGCAACGUCAGGAUGUGAGGCUUUUUUCGCAUAUCCGUCUGUCCUUUUGUGUUUGUCGCCGUGCACGACGCCAUGUGUUUCAAAGGCAAACGUUGGUGACGACAGCAGGAGCAGCCGCGAAUUCUCUUUCCUCGGAUUUAGCGCUAGGGGGAUCAGUGUCUCUCUCUACGUUGAUAGCGAAGAGCAACAGAAAAGGUAUGCUGCUCAAGCGCGUGCGGCUUUGGGGAAGUUGAAGCUGCCUAAGGAGGGCAGAGGGGCGGUGCAAUUUGCGCCGCACUUAGAAUAUACUGUGGCAUGCAGUCGCACAGCCUGCAUGCGAAAGACGGCGUCGUUUGCUGGUUGCUCUUCUUCUUGA